AUGGAAGUAGUUGAACGCCUGAGAGGUAUUCAUGCCGAGAAUGCGACCCUUGAUCCGGAGGACGGGGAGCACCAAGCGGGCUGGGUGAGAGUGAGGGUGGAGGAGAGCUGGUUCACUGUGGAGCGGGCCUUGCUGGCGAGGCACAGUGACUACUUCUGUGCUCUCUUUCAGUCUGGGAUGAAAGAAAGUCGCCAGGACAGAGUCCACCUGAUGGGAGGAGUGCAUGCAAGGGGUUUCCUCGUUGCCCUGUCUGUCUGCAGGGGAGAGAUUCCCACCAUCAGCGACCCGGAUGAGCUUACAGAAGCUGUUGAGUGUGCUGCUUUCCUGCAGGUUGCAUGCUUGGUGCAACAUCUUUGUGACAUAAUUGACUCAGACAAUUGCCUCUUGCUUUACUAUACGGCCUCCAUCUUUGGGGUACAUGCACUGUUUCACAAUGCAGCUCUUUUCCUUUGUGAUGCUUUUGAUGAUUUGAAGGAAGCAGCAGAGAGUACAAUUCCUGAAGACCUUCUUCAAUAUUCUAAGUCGUUGUCUCCCACUACUUACAUUGCUAUAGGCACCCACUCUCCUUCCAUGGAACUGCUACAUGACUCCUUUAGGGUUGUUUGCUACCUUGAUGAAAGAGAGGGGGAGUGGAAGCAUUUAACUAACCUCCCAACCCUCUGUAGCACCUCCAUGGCCGGUGUGGCAGUGCUUGACAAUAGAUUGUACAUUGUAGGGGGAGUUUACGGUUAUGGUAAGGACACGGUGGACAGCAGCUUUUGCUACAACCCGGACACAGGGGUCUGGACUGCUCUUCCUGGACCCCAGCAACCAAGAUACGACUUCACCCUGCUGGGUCAUGAGGGCCGGCUCUAUGCCAUUGGCGGGGAGGUCCAAAAACAGAUCAUCUCUACAGCAGAGAGUUUUGACACUGAGAAGGGAGAGUGGACAUUUAUACAACACGCGCCAAGACCUGUAGCGUCAGCAGCGUGCGCUGUUGCAAGACGGAGGAUGUUUGUUUGCUUCUGGAGACCACCAGAUACCACAGAUAUCUACGAAUAUGUGCCGGUGAAAAAUGAAUGGAAACUUGCCACCACAAUGAUCAGACCUCAAAGCUAUGGCCAUUGUAUGGUAGCCCACAGGGACAAUUUGUAUGUGAUGCGCAACGGGCCUUGCGACGACUUUCUGCGCUGCCUAAUGGACUGCUACAAUAUCACGACAGGCCAGUGGACAGCCAUGGCCGGACACUACAUAAACAGCAAGGGGGCGCUGUUCACUGCAAUGAUAAGGGGGAACUCAGUGUUCACAGUCAAACACAUGCUAACCCUUGAAUACACCAUCAUUGGAGAUGGAUGGAAGCCCCGCAGGCAGAUGAAGGGAUUUCCAAAGAGUGGUUCACUGUGGACGUGUUUACUCAGGCUUCCCAAGACGGGACCAGUUAUACCACAGCUGGAUUCAAAAGGGAAGGAAGACGAAAUGUCUUUGCCAGACACAUCUGAGGGAUUUGUGGAAGCUGUACCACAACUGUGA